AUGCACCUGACGGUUAACAGCACGUCGACGCUGAGCAACGGUAGUGUCGGCGGUGGAGGAAGCGGCGGAUCCGGACCACAGAGCAACGGUGGCGGGGGCGGUGGUGGUGGUGGUGGUGGAGGUGGUGGCGGCGGAGGUGGAGGCCUCGGGUGCGGCUCAUCGUCCGGCGGCGGCACCAGUGGCCCCACCAGCGGCGGUGGUGGCGGCGUGGUCGGCGGCGGGGUAGUGGCGGCGGCGGCGGCGGCGGCGGCGGCGGGCGGGAACGGGAGCGGCAACGUCGCGAGCAGCAACAGGUCGAGCGCGGGUGCCGGCGCCGAAAGUGGCCCACCGUCGGCGGCCAGCAUCCUGAACGACACCUACACCAAGAUGACGUCGGACAUCCUGGCGGAACGGACGCUGGGCGACUUUCUGUCCGAGCACCCGGGCGAGCUGAUUCGGACCGGGAGUCCUCUGUUUGUUUGCACAGUGCUGCCCCCGCACUGGCGAUCGAAUAAAACACUUCCGGUCGCGUUCAAGGUCGUCGCGCUCGGGGACGUCGGCGACGGCACGAUGGUGACCGUGCGGGCCGGGAACGACGAGAACUACUGCGCCGAGCUGCGCAACUGCACCGCCGUCAUGAAGAACCAGGUGGCCAAGUUCAACGAUCUGCGCUUCGUCGGCCGCAGCGGCCGCGACAUGUCCCAGUUUGGGCUCAGCUCGACCAACUCGCACUGGAGCUACAGCUCGACCGGGCCCUACUCGCCGUAUCUGACGUCCUGCACCACACCGACGGCCUCCCAGUUCAACAACCACGCGCUCGGCUUCACCUGCAACUCGGGCGAACAGAACACUGGCCAGGAGUUCUCCGUCUCGGCUCGGGACUGCGUCGCCAUGCUACCGGAUUCGACGGCCGCUGACCUGGACCAACACCUGAGCAGCCUAGUCGGGGCCACGCAGCAGGCCACCAACCACAUGGUGCAGACCAACAUCAUGGGCAACGCGGUCAGCGUCAACUCCAGCAACGGUAACAGUGGCGGAGGUGGUGGCGGCGGCGGCGGCGGCGGCGGAGGCGGUGGUGGUAACAAUGGUAACGGGCUCGGACCCCACAUCCCCACGCACCUUUCGAACGGUUUGAUCGUGCCGAGGUACGCGCAAACCGCCAGCGCCAACACGCAUCCUGACGCGUACGGACUCACCAGCAGCCAGAGCGGCCCUCGCAGUCUGAGUGAUUCGUCGCAAGCGGAAUCCCCCGUCCAGGACGAUAUCCUGUCGUCCAACACGCCCAACCUCGGCGGCGGUGGAAGCGGUCCAAGCUCCACCACCGCCGGCGGCGGCGGCGGCUCGGCAGGCAAUGGAGGCGUCGGCACGGGAGGUGGCGGCGCUGGUGGGGGUGAAGGAGGAGGAGGAGGGGGAGGAGGCGGUGGAGGAAGCGGAGGAAGUGGAAGAGGCGGUGGAGCAGGAGUGGGAAGCGGCGGCGGCCACAAUCAGAACUUCUCCAGCAGCAUCGUGAUGAACCAGGGCGGUGGCGGCGGCAACGGUGGGGGCGGCGGCUCAAACGCGGGGGCCGGGGGAGGUUGCAAUUACGGUGGGUCGAACGGGACCAGCAGCUGUAACGGCUCGUCCCUGUACCCCGUCCUGCCCGCCAGCCUGCUCUACUCGCAGCUCUACACGGCGGCUAACCAGGCGUCGGUGGGCGGCUUCGGCCACUCGGUCAACCACCACCACCACCACAUCCAGUCCCCGCACGGAGCGGCGUCGGCGGCGGCCGCCGCGGUCGCCGCCACCGGCAGCCCCGCGCACCACAGCGCGACGGCCGCCGUGGCGGCUACGGCCGCCGCGGCCGCCAUGCACGUCGGCGAGCUGCAGAGCGUGAUGGAUCACCUGACGGCGGCCAGCAGCAACCAGGCGGUGGCGGUGGCGGCUGCCGCUGCCUCGCACCGGCACCACCACCAUCACCAUCACCACCACCAAACUGGAGGCGGCGGCGGCGGCGGUGGCACGAAUCUGAUCGGCGGCCACGGAGGUGGCGGCCAACAGGACCUGUCGCUGAUCGGUAACUGUGGGGCGAUGGCGCGCGGCGCCCUCGACGAGACCGGCCACCGGGCGGUGCUGGGCGGUGGAGCCGCCGGGGUCGUCGGCCGCGGCGGGAUGCCGCCCGGGGGGCCGGGCCAAAUCGGACAGACGGCCGACAACGGCAACGGCUCCGUCUGGCGGCCCUACUGA